AUGAUUGCAGGUUUGGGAUUGGCUCGAAGCUUAGGAUCUGAAGUCAUCGAAGCAAAAUGUGACUUUCUUCUUGUUGUGAAUCAAGUCAAUGGUGUUUUCGAAGUAAAAGACGAACGAAUGCAGAGAUACUUGGAAAAGAUUCAAGUAAUUUUACACCGAUUCAAAGAAUGGACUAUGCAGCAUGUACCAAGGGAACAGAACAAUGAGGAAGAUGCAUUGGCCAACUUAUGUUCGUCAGUCGGAAUAGAGGAAUUCAGCUCUGGCACGAUCGUUCAGUUGAUGAAUUCGACAGUGGAAAAUGGUCACGCUGAGAUAAAUGCAAUGAGCUUGAUGUGGGACUGGCGCAAUAAGUACAUAGACUAUUUCCAAGAUGGGAAACUCCCAGCGGACUCUAAUGAGUCAAGGUCUCUUCGAACCAGCUGCGAGAUUCUGCUUGGUCGAUGGACAGUUGUAUCGCCAAUCUUUUUGAAGGCCUUUGGCUAA